AUGGUGAGAGGAGGAAAAAUUAAACAACAGCCAGCUAACAACGACACAGCCACGUGGUCCAAAGAAGCACCUCAAGCGUCUUGCAGCUCCAUCCUCAUGGAUGUUAGACAAGCUCUCGGGCACUUACGUCCACACAAGCUCCGUGAAUCGUUGCCUUUGACCAUUUUGCUCAGAAACCGUCUGAAGUACGCUCUUUCUAGCGAUGAGGUCCAGGCCAUUCUCCAACAACGUUUGAUCAAGAUCGACAACAAGGCUCGUACUGACAGAACCUACCCAACUGGUUUCCAAGAUGUCAUCUCCGUUGAAGCAUCCGGCGAACACUUCCGUAUCCUUUACGACACUAAGGGUCGUUUCACUGUUCACCGUAUCACCGAUGAGGAGGCUCAAUUCAAGCUCCUCAAGGUUAAGAAGGUUGCCAUCGGUGCUCGUGGUGUUCCUUACAUUGUCUCCCACGACGGCCGUACCAUCCGUUACCCAGACCCAUUGAUCAAGGUCAACGACACUGUCAAGUUUGAUCUUAUCAACAACAAGAUUGUCGACUUUGUCAAGUUUGACACUGGUCACGUUGCUAUGGCUACCGGUGGUCGUAACCAAGGUCGUAUCGGUGCCAUCAUUGGCCGUGAGCGUCACUUGGGUGGUUACGACAUUGUCCACUUGAGAGAUCCAGUUGACCGUCAAUUCGCUACUCGUUUGACUAACGUUUUCGUUAUUGGCCAACAAAAGUCUUGGGUUUCACUUCCAAAGGGUGGUGGUGUUAAGCUCACCAUCACUGAGGAACGUGACUUGCGUCGCCGUCGUGCUCAAGCUUCUCAAUAA